AUGCAUCUGCAUUCCCAAUUGAGUACUCUGCUGAGCGUGUUAAGGAAGUUUAGGAGAAAAUGUGUUAUGAAGGAAACUAUCCUCCUACUAUCAACAAGUUACUACCACCCUAUUGGAGGUUCUUGGCACACUCCUUUCUAUGGACUGAGAUUACAACUUCUCAAAGUUCGUCUUCGAAGAAAUGAAGAGCAACCUCUUGGGAAAGAAAAACGACCUAUUUUUGAUGUACCCCAGAAUUUCCGCGAACUGCAAGAAAGCCUCCCCAAACUAUUCCUGUUGCUACUGAACCUCCAUCUAAAAGUGAUCCAGAAGACUCAGCCUACGCUUGACUACCAAAAGGAGCUCAAGCUUCAGGAAGCUGAAACACCCGAGCUCGAAAUCUCCAAACACAAAAGCAGUUUUCCUGAAUCUGAAUUUGUUGAUGUCAUUUAUCUUAAGAACAGAGUCUUUGAUCUGGAACAAAACUCUACUGAAAAAGAUUUGAUAAUUGGAAAGCAGGAUAUUCGAAUCAGCGAGAUUGAGAAAGAGAAGUUCGAUCAAGAUUCAAAGAUCUUAGAGCUUCAACUGAAUCUCGGUGGUUUAAUUACUCUAUUCUUUUAUUUGAAACAACACCUAUUUCAGAAGUUUGAUGAUGAAUUUCAACCCUUGAGCGCCGAAGGAUAA